AUGAAUUUCUCGAUCUUUGUGCUCUUAAUUGUAGUCUUUAUUAACUACAGCAGUAAGUAUUUGCAUUUAUAUUAAAUAUUAAUAAUUAAUAAGUUCUUUUAUAUUCUGGUGGAAUUGUAUCAUUGAUUGUUAUUAAUUAUUAUUAUUUAUUUAGAUUAUAAAGUCACAGCAACGACAGAAAAUGUAAAAGUGACACGUAGAUCAGUAGGGAUAACUACCGUUGACAGCGAUGACGUUCAAACAUCAGAGAAAGAAAUCUCUCAGAUGGAUAUAUAUUCGAAACAGAACUCGAUAAAAUUACAAGAAUUGGAAAGAAUUGCGAAUACAGAAUUUGACGGUUCGAAUAGGAGAUCUAAAAUUUUAAGAAGUUUAGCUUUUUUAGCUGGUUUAAGUGUUGGUGGUUUAGCAGGUGCAGCAUCAUCCGACAUAAAGACCUACACUAAAUUGCCACCGUUGAAUGUGAACGUCGGUGCUUCCCGAAUUUCACCUCAAGUCGCUGCAAUUUAUGAUCCUUAUCCUUAUGUGUCGUCUCCUUAUAUAUUUGCCACUCCUUUAGGAAUUUAUCCGUUUUGGAAUUUACUACGAUUACAGUCAACCAAUGGAAUACAAAACAAUUUCCAACCAUUAACACAAACAUUAAACUCCAAUCCGCUAAACGAUAAUGAUGAGCAUGUAGAAGAUGAACAGAAAAUUGAAAGCAUCAGAGCACCGAGCAACGCUGAUAGUGACAAGAGUAAAGAAUCGGAAGUGAAAGACGAUCGGAACGUGGAAAAAAAGAUCACAUCACCUGAUAUUGCGUGCAUUAUGCAAAAAAGAAUUAAUGCAAAACAGAGUUCAGUGAAAAAUGUUAUCAAAACAGAUAAAAAUGUUAAUGAUUUGUCAGCAACAUCAGAGCGACAAUUUAUAAACAAAACAAUGGUUUCUACCAAUACAACUUCGAUGACAAUGAAUAGUAUGCAAAAUUCAACGAUGAAUAAUCAAACAAAUCCACCAUCUUAUGGUUAUUACUACGGUGGAUAUCUACAAAACAUAAACCACAUCGAUUUUACUACAAAUUCAUAUGAACAUACAUACAACGAUUAUGAACAUAUUAAUUAUAAUUUACCUUCCUAUGACAAACCAGAGAAUUUUUAUUCAGAUUCAGAUAAAUAUUAUCCUGUCUCUGUUGAUUCUUACCCGUCAAGUCAAUUUCACCAAGGACGAAUUCCCGAAUACCUGCCUAGCAAUUAUAAAAGAUUCUUGUAUACAUCAGAUAAUUCACCACCAUUUACCAACAGUGAUUUUAGACCUUUGGUGUAGGGAUAUUGUACUGUAUUCACUGCGUAAUCAUGUAAGACAUGUUUAUGACAAAAAUAAUAAAUAAAUAUUUUUUAUUUGCAAAUUAUUAAAAUAAUUUUCAUGAAAUAUUUUAGAGGAUAUAA